AUGGUGAAGGGCAGCUGCACGUUGCCGCCGCAGCUCUUGGCGGGCGCCAGGGCAACAUGCUCUCGCUUGUUCACUUUCAUCUUGUUUGCCAACGACGCCCCACCUUCGUUUCUGCGCUCUCAACCUCCCAGUAACUUCUUCGACCAACAACCCUGUACAACAACUUGCAACGACCUGACGUUCGUCCUCAGUGUUCUCCACAGCCAUGGCGGGUGCUGGACGCGCGCGUCCAAGCCUCGAGCAGCUCUACAAUCACAUUGUUCUGCCGCGCGACGUGCCUGGCCGCGAAGAUGGCAAUCUCUCUAAAGUUGAAGCCGCAUUGCUUUCGCGUCUGACCGAUGCCACCCGCCUCAUGAGCACACGUGUUGCACAAUCAGAUCAGCAGCGCAUCUACGCACUGGUCAACUCGCUCAUGGCCUGCGAGUCGCUGCAUGUUGAUCGCUCGAUCACUAGAACAGCCUUGCUACGCGAGCUUCGUGGACUACAGCCAGGUCUUGUCCUUAUCUUGCACAUCUCAGCUCAGAACUGUGGGAUGCUAAUCUACAAAGAUGCUCCUGAAACAAACGACAGCGACGUGAUCUUCGAAGCGUUCGAGGUCACACCGACCUGCGAGAAAGUCCUUGCGUCGAAGAACGCACUGCUACGAGGCUUCCCAGGCUGUGCAGUCACCGUUCCCGACGCCACGCUCUUUGAGACUUCAUUUUUGGACAGUCUGACGUCUUUCAUACAGCAAGCGUCUACAGAGUACGUUACCAAGUUCUCUUCGGUAACCUACAAGGCUGCAGCGCCGCUGCCUGAAGUCCGUAAUACCAGCGAUCCUGCGCUCGUGACAGGGCUACUGAUGACAAUCCUGGAGGCCAACGGCGCCACCACGGAGGUACCCAUACUACGUAAGCGUGUGCGAGACACUGUUAUGUUCGACCAAGCAUACAAGCCUUGGAGACGCUCGCCCUUCUAUCUUACAACCCGCGUCGCGAUGCAGCGUCAUCUCUACAGACAAUUUGGGGCCGACGUCGGGAGAUUGUACUACAAGACGAUCAUGUGUCUCAUGCUCCAAAGGUUCUUGGAAGACACCUUGAAGAUCUUGCCCUUCGAGCUGGUCUCUUUCCUACGGCAGAAGUUGGGUCGUCGGCUCGCUAAGCUUUCGAGCGAUUGUGCUACGAUCGUCAAGAAUGGCAACCCCUCGGUCAUUUCUACAAUAAACUCCCUGCAGCCUGGCUUUGAACGCACAAUCCUGACAACUGGUAAUUGGCUGCAGGCCAAGUGGCGGAGUUACAAGAACGCCCAUGUCCGCCGUGUUCCCCUACUCAACCCUCGUGCACCGGUCGGGGCCUUUCAUUUUCGCCUCCCCAACAGCUUACCCGUUCUCACUCGUAUUCUUGCAAAUAAGGCCGUCAGCCCCGAGGUUGUCCAACGUACACCGGAUGAACUCUUGAAGCAAUACGAGGAAUCCGCUGCUUCUAUCAAGCCAUAUAUGUACGCAGCACGGUCACACAUCCAGAUCUCGCAACAUUGCGCCACUGUUAUUGAGCCGGCGAAAGAUGCGAGCGAUUCUGGUCAUUCUCGUAUUCUUGAAUUGAGUGCGGUCAUCCGUGAUUACAUUCACCAGAUUCAGACGUUCCCCGAGGGCUUUCCAGAUCAAAAGAGUCAUAUGCUCCUCCAUCUGAUGGAGCUUUGGGUACUCAUGGAUGCAGAAGCUGUCACAUGCUACCCACUUCUCGAGGACUUUCACCCUGGAUUCGACAGCGAUCUCCUGGACCCUAUCCAGUUGCUUUUCUUAGAGGAUAUGGUCAGAGUCCAACGAGUACAGGACUAUAUCGGCAAACGAUUUCGUGCGCGCCAUGGCAUGCAAUGUAGGACCAUCUUUGACGACCCCGCCGAUGGUUGCUUCGCCGCGAGAUACCUUGACGAAUGCGAUGAAGCUAGUCAGUCGCUACGGCUACGAAUCGAAAGCGAUGCAGAGAGGCACCGUGAAGAGAAGGAAGCUGAGUGGGAAGAGAAGAGCGAUUUCCAUACGGAACUUAUUAGGAAGCGAGAUGAGGUUACUUGUUCCUACUACGACGUACCACACCGAUAUCUGCCUGGUGUCUAUGAGACUAGACAUCGCAGCCCAUGCGAAUGGCACGAUCUUCGGGACGCUGCGAGGGAGAUUUGUAUUCGUAUUUGUGAACAUCCUCUACCGAGCUACGAGCCUGCGGCCAAGGCGGUAAUGUUCGAGAUCAACUGUCCAGAAUCUCUCUCCGCCUACAGAGACGCUACAUGGUCUAUCCUAUCAAUCAUUUGCUCCCCGCUACCAGCUACAAGGCCUACUAGGGUUUCAGUUGUGCGAGAAUUUUCCGAACUCCAGCCGUACGUCAACGACUCAACGUGCAGUGUUACUUUGGCGUCCGAAAAGAAGGCGUUUUUGGAGACUCAUUACGCAAGCUGGAAUUUUCCGGUGGACUUAGACGAUAUCGUGCGCACGUGUGGACUCAAACCGAGAUAUUAUGAUAAACACAGUCAAUCCUGGACGGGUGGACAUUGUAAAGCGUCGCUUUGGCACCAUUUCCCGUUGAUGCUUGGUAUCGAGUCUUCAUACCGUGCACUCGACCUGUCGUACGCCAACUGGCCUUCGUCGAACGAAAUUCAAUCGAACCAGGCUGAUUGCCCUGCAGAUGUCAGCGCUCACGAGUUUCUGGCGUGGCAAGGUCUCUUGGUAGGCACACAUUCGAGAUGGCUGGAUCUGGUCCGCGAAUUAGGCUCCUCAAAUCUGAACUUCUCGGCUGACGGCACUUGGCUGCUCGUCAUGCGUAUGCUAUCUCAAGUUGGCCCCGCCUCAGUGGUCGGAGAAGCUCGGCGAGACGUUCAUGCUGCGUUGCUCGAUGAUUCCUUGUGCUUAAGACUGCUGGAGCAGGUUCAACAGCGUCUCGACGCAAUCCAUCACAACUGGCGCGAGCCGGUACACAUGGAGAUACUCAUCACUAUCCUAUUAAAGGUUGUCUCAUUGACGACCUCCAGCUUCACUCGACAGAAAGGCGCAGCGCUUUUGCUGCAAGCGCGAGAUUCGACUGACCUUUGGCGUUUUGAGUUACAAUCAAUCGUCACUAACGAUGGAAAGGUCAGGCCAUUCGCUGUUUGGGCAUCCUUACUGUGCAAACGGACUCUGCAUAUCGACCCAGAGAUGUUAUUGGAACCCAGUGCCCUCCGACAGUACGUCGGUGCCUCCAUCUCCUUGAACUACAAUCUCGUCGAAGAGUUCAAGCACCUGCCAUACAAGCUCAGGAGCGCGAUCAUUCGUGACGUGAUGUUUUCAUACGAGCAUAGGGGGCUCUUGCGGCGGUCCAUAUUAUCCAAUACUCAGGACUUCCUCGACGCUAUUAACAAACUGUGGCAGGUUCCUGCGGGAUAUGAGGCACGCAUCUCAGACUCAGCCACCGGCACUUGGUGGAUCUUAAUUGAGUUGAAAUCGACCAGAGCUAGUCGCAGUCAUUCUUACUUCAUGCACUACAACUACGUCUACGGCACUUUACUCAUAGACGGAAAAGAGAUGAGUACUCUUCCAUUGACAUACCGACGAAACGCACUCUAUCGAAAGAUCUUUGGUGAUAGAAAUCCCAUCGUAUUCCCUUCACCGCUUCAAGACAUGUCAUGGGCCAUCUCCGAGCCAAUGAGAGGUCAGCGUGUGCAUCUCGGAUUCCGACAACAUACCUUGAUCGUUCGCGCAGUGCACAAUCACCGGAUUUACGAAUACAUACCAGCUGAAGUUUUCGGCACAACAUCGGUUGAUCUUCCGGCACCUCUGGUCCAAAACUGCUAUCACUGGAUGAAUGUACGCAACGGCGAGCUUGAGAUCCGUCGUCAAGACAUGUGGUUAUCAAAGCUUGGUAACUGGUGGAUCUAUGGCAUACCAUAUGGGCAGUGUCAGGUGAAACGUCGAUCAGGACACCCUUCUGAGACCAGGCUGCUGAAUGACUCCAACGAGACUGUUCAACAUAUUGGGAACAUAUUCAAGUCAUUCGAGGAUCCUUCACAAAUUAUCGUAUUUGCCUCACGAGAAGGCAAAAUAAACGUUGAAUUGAAGCUUCUAGAACUCAGUUUUUACGUCAACGGGAGAGGCUUACUCCAGUCACCGCGACUUGGUGCGGUCGUCACACAAGAACAAGAUGCUGGCACCUGGUACGGUUUGGCAAGUAAGAUUGUUAUCCAAUCCGCAGCCAAUCGUCGCCAGAAGAGCAUUUUAGUGCCGUACAUCAAUGACUGCCAAGCCACUCGAGACAACAUCCAUGUGUCUGUCAACAUUAGCACUUGUACCGGCAUGUACUUGAAGUUCGACAUCAACGAUGUAUUGGGACGCAUUGACUGCCCACCAGAGCCGAGUCUCCUUUACACCAAAGCGCUCUUACAUGCACUUACUUCACACGUAAUCCCGGAUCCGUUGACGGCGCGGACUGGGGUAGAGGAGGCACUUCGCUUGCUUCAGACAGCACUUUACCUACCCUGGAACUCACUCGUGGACAGUCAGAUAGUACUUUUGCAGCGUCUGGCUGGGCUCUCUCCCAUGCGCGGCUACUAUCCUGUGAAUUCACGGUUCAUGGAAACAAUGGCUUUACAGUCUGAUUUGACUCCCCACAUCCAGGAUGACCGAUUCAGACCUUACGUAGAGAAGAUACUUCGGCGAAACUGUUCUCUCAAUCAAUUCACUCCUGGUGUUGCGAAGCAAGACGCGUCCGCAAAGUCGUUGGUGACGCCUGAUCCUCACUUAGCGGCACGAGCAGUGUCACGUACAUAUGCGCAACAACGUCGGGGCGAUGACUUGGAAUACACUGGAAGAGAUGAGCACGUCCAAAAUAUGGCUCGAGCCAAUACCUUCUUCGUUACCAGACAGCUUGUCACCCAGCAGCCCGCGCCAGCAAAGUCACCAAGCCUGCUCGUCCUAUUGCACGACGCGUCUCUGGUUGGUGGCUACGACAAGUGCUACAAGAAGAUUCUGCUUGCGGAUCUGCUUUCCGUUGACAUCAUAGCUGAAUGGGGCGCGCUCACGCAGCGGGCUUUGAGGUGUGACGCUCGAGAUCGUUUCAAUCUCAUGUUUCUGUUAGGGCCAAUGGCAUUCUCCGACGACGCCAAUACCAACCUGCUUCACAAGUUUAUCUCCUUCGUCCUGUCUCUCGACGUUAAGGAUCUGCAACCCCCGGAGCACGCCGCAUACUUUCAUUUUCGCACCGACGGAGCGCCGCCCAUUUCUUACCUUGUAUCUUUCAUGGAGAAAGCAAUAAUGCCCUUUGUGCCAACAGGCUUCAAAAAAAGAUCUCAAAUGGUCGUUGCGCAGAACAAUCACAGCAAGAAUGUUGAGGCAAGCUGUGAUGCGUUAGCUUGUUCCAUACAAGCUCAGUGGCCGCAUACAGAGAUCAAUUCCUCCAAAUUACCAGAUGUUGACCCUACGGAACUCGAUGUUGCGAAAGCUAUAGAGGACUUGACGCCUGAAUGGCAAAGGUUGACUCGAAACCAUGAGCUUGCCAUCUAUCUUGAGCAUGUUCAAUCUGUGUUGGACCGAUCAAGUCCAUCUCGGCCAGACACUACCAGUUCAGAGACAAUUUGUCGUAAAUCCCGCACAGAGCUUUCCAUGAGGCCCAAACCUCGACAGUUUUAUGCUUCAAGAAAUCGAGAGGGAGACGAUCUCUCGCUACCCAAGCUACUUCAGCUGUCAAUUGGUGGUGUCCGCUACCAGUCUGCGAGUGGUCGCAACCACUUCGGCACGCUCAUGCCGAGAGACGUCAAUACUCUAUCUCAAUCUACCAUUUCCUCUAGUUCCCUUGAUCGGUACAAGAAGAACGAGUUCCCAGUGUUCCAAAAGCCUUCGCUUGCUUUGGAUAGUAGUUAUAAGCCAGAGAUCCAGAGGCUCAGGACUACUCUGAGCAACUUCCGAGCAAACGCAUCGCAUGUGUACACUCGAUAUGCUGAUGAGAUGGAGACCAGUAUCAACGCUCUCCAACUUUAUGUGCAAAACCAACAAAACACACCCCAACCGACAUAUCGCUGGAUCAAUAACGACGAUCUAAGACCAGCCAAAAGCAAAAUCGAGACAGUGGUCGAAGAAAUCAAACAAGGUCUAGCGACGCAGGAUCCGCAAGCAAGAUGGCUACAGUCCGUCAAUCUAUGGCCCACCAUGAAGGUCACAGAUUUGCUCACGGAGCUGCGAUCCAGCUCAGGCAAUACGUUUGGUGUCGGUGCAAAAGAGCUUCUGGUAUCAUUGGGCGUAGCGGUCACCAAGCUGCAACAGAUGCUGCGGAUUCAAGAUGCCCAGAAGCGAAGAAAGGAUCAGCAGCAACGUGAAGAGUGCGGCAAUUCUGGCCACAGCAACUGGAAUCCCAUCGAAUAUACUGAUUGGCUUCUUCUGGAGAUCGAUGGCAAUGUCAUGCUUCGCGAGGAACAGAUUCAAGUGGCACUGGCGACAAUAUCACCAGCAUCAGGGCAGAACUCAGUUCUACAGCUAUUGAUGGGCAAGGGUAAAACUUCAUGCAUCCUCCCAAUGGUGGCAGCUGUUCUCGCAGACAAGCAAAACUUAGCGCGCAUUGUGGUUCCACGUCCAUUACUUUUGCAGUCUGCGCAAGUAUUGCAUGCGAAGCUCGGGAACCUGGUCAACCGUGAGAUCCUGCAUAUCCCCUUCUCACGCAAGACGCCGGCUGAACUUCCACUAAUGCGUUUGUAUCAACGAUUACAUUCACGGAUGCGUGAGCGCGGCGGCAUAAUGAUUACUCUCCCCGAACAUCUGCUCUCCUUCAAGCUGAGCGGACUUCAACAGCUUAGCGAUGGCCACGUGGAGGUUUCUACUGUCAUGGUGCACUUUCAAGACUGGCUCGAUAAGCACGCCCGAGAUGUUCUGGACGAGUGCGACGUCUCUUUGGCAAUUCGCAUGCAGUUGAUAUAUCCUUCGGGCUCACAAAUGUCUGUAGACGGUCAUCCCAUCCGUUGGCAGAUCAUCCAGCUCUUGCUCCACCGCACGCAGAAUUUCAUCACCGCUGUUCAAUCGCGCUUUCGUAACAGCGUAGAGGUCGUGGGCAGAACAGAGGGCGGAUUCCCUCUUAUCUACUUCUUGCGCAAGGAUGCAGAGGACUACUUGAUCGAACUGCUUGUACGCGACAUCCGCCAAGGCCAUUGCCCCUUCAUUCCCUGUGCAGAGUUUCCAGCGGCGAUUCAGGACGACAUUUCGAACUAUAUCUCACGAAGCUCCGUGCGCAGUGAGCUAGUUCGAAGACUGACCACGUUCUUCAAGAAUCAACAGCGACUGAUGAAAGCCAUAAAUCUUUUGCGAGGGCUUUUCGUCCACCGAAUCUUGAUAUCAAGCCUCAAGAAACGUUGGAAUGUGCAAUAUGGACUGCACGCUACUCGGGCGCCCAUUGCAGUACCAUACCUUGCGAAAGGUGUUCCCUCAGUUGCUGCCGAAUGGGGGCAUCCGGAUGUUGCUAUUAUUCUAACGUGCCUGUCCUUCUACUACCAAGGUAUCACUCUCAGUCAGUUCAAACAAGCGUUCGAGCAACUGGGUAAGAUGGACGAUCCGAGCAUGGAAUAUGCAAGGUGGGUAUUCCCUCGCGCGCCAGUUGGUCUUGAAGACUACAACGCCAUCAACGCCGAGGAUGGCUGGCAGCUGAACAAACUCUUCCAGCUCAUUCGUUUGAAUGCCUCCCUCAUCAACUUUUAUCUCAACAACUUCGUUUUCCCGCAGUAUGCAAAGACGUUCAGCGUCAAGCUGCAGGCAUCUGGAUGGAGUCUGUUCCCUUCGCAGACGGACGGUGGCUGCCGCGUGACAGGAUUCUCUGGAACGAAUGACUCUCGCCACCAGCUUCCCAUGCUCAUCAAACAGGCUGAUUUGCCAGAAUUGGCUCACACGAAUGCCGAAGUGCCUUACUAUCUGAUGGCUCCUCGAAACCGAGGGUAUAUUCGCAUGAAUCACCCGAAUGGACAACGCUGGACUGAAAUCGACCUGAUUAAACACCUAGUCAAUUCUACUGGUGUUACCAGGGGUAGUAGAAACACAAGAAUUCUAAUCGAUGCGGGCGCUCAGAUCUUGGAGCAUGCCAACCGAGAUUUUGCCAAGGCCUGGCUCGAGAAGGAUACAGAGGCAGCUGCGGCUGUGUAUUUCGACGACGAUCAUCGUGCCUGGGUACUGUAUCGUACCGGAAAUCGCAUACCACUACUAGCGUCACCAUUUGCUGACAAUCUGGAUCGAUGUGUUGUCUACAUGGACGAGAGCCACUGUCGAGGCACAGAUCUAAAACUUCCAGUGGAUGGCAAAGCUGCGCUAACUCUUGGACAACAUCUUACCAAAGACACACUUGUACAAGCUGCGAUGCGCCUGCGUCUACUUGGACAAACUCAAUCUGUCUCAUUUUACUCCCCUCCAGAAGUUCACCAGAGCAUCUUGGACCGGCUGGGAAAAGAUGAAUUCUUCCAUCCAGACUCGACUGCUGUGCUGGCCUGGGUAUUUGGGCAAACCUGCGACAUGUUGGAGCAGCAAGAGCCAUCGUACUUUGCGCAGGCUUCGCAUUGGUUACACCAGAGGCAGGCCCGGCUAAGCCAUCCCUUCUUCCUUGACAGCGAAUAUGGUAGAUCUAAAUUCCUGUCUGCCAUGCUGCAGAAGGAAGCGUUACUUAUCAAAGACAUGUACCAGCCUGGCGGGAGUCGUCGCACUGGUUUCAACAAGCCCUCCGUCUGGGAUGCUUCUCUUCAAGCGCAAGUCAAGUUGCUUCAUGACCGCCAGCAACGCUUCCAGGACAAUGGUUCCGCAGUGCACGCCUCGGUAUUAGAAGAGGUAGAGAUUGAGCAAGAGCGUGAGCUCGAGCUUGAGCUUGAGGUUGAACACGAAGUUGAAAACGUUCGCGAGGUUCAACAACCCCCGAAGUACCGUGCACUCCCGAUCGCCGAACUGCAUGCGGACGUCGAACACUUCGUCACAUUUGGCAAGCUUGUCGCUGGAAGUAGCGCCUAUGAACCGAUGUUCUCUGUCCUGAGCCGUACUGCCUUGGGUCUUAGGCGCAGCGUCUCGCCGUCGAUGCCAUCCAACUUGUGGGUGUCAGAGCAGUUCAGCCGGACGAUUCAAAUCUUCCAGCCUAACGACGUCUAUGUUCGGUCGAGUCAGUGGGUUCUGUGGAGUUCUAUCAGUUCAAAAGCUCUUCUUGUCAGCCCAGAGGAAGCCGACUCUCUCAUCCCUAUCCUGCGGUCUAGAUCUGAGCAUGAUGGCGUGCACCUAAUUGUGUACGCUGCACCAGUUACUCGCCGUAUGCUUCACUUCAACAGCCUCGACUACCAUGCCACUCCAGCACUUCCUGCUGGAUUCAAACCCCCCACAUGGCUAUCAGUGGAGCUGGGGCUCUUUUCAGGCCGGUUACAUUUCGACUGGUUUGAAUACGAUGAGCUCUUGCAAUACCUUGGCUUGAAGCAUGAUUUAUCCAUCGAUGCAGAUGCUCGACCCUUUGCUGCUAAACCCCUCACUUUCCUCCAUGAGUGGAUUGACGUCCGGCGCACAGGUCAGGAUUUCGAUCACACUCCCAUGGGCUUCAUCACAACCGGCAAGCCGCUCACCGAGAACCACACCUUUUUUCAAGGCUCUGCUCAUGAGACUCACGCAGACAUUCGUCCACGGGUUGCGCGCGCCGGAUCAGGGGAAGCUGAGCAAGAAGAGGACACAGAUGGGGACAGUGACCAUGAUGAUGAAGAAUAUGUGGCCGUUGUUGAGCAUGUCGACGACUCGGAUACGGAAGAUGAGGAGGAGUUUGAGGAUGCGCAGGAGACUGUAGAGCAAAUCUUGGACUAACUCGUGGUUCAGGAUGCCCCCCUACCAGGCUCCUAACAAAUCGAGAAAUUUGAUUGAGUACCUUUUACCGCGAUCUGCAUUACGCUGGCAGGCAAUACCACGAAUCCAAGAUGUGCAUCCAAUACCUGUGCAUGUUUAUG